AUGAUAUUAAGUGGGUUUGAAUCAACCACUAUAAUAUCCUCAUAUAUUAGUUUAUUAUUUGUUCUCUUACCCAUUUUAUUAAUGUACAUUCUUUACAAAUACAAGGAAUGCAAACAUUUGACUAAAAUAUAUGGAUCAC